UUGAGGUGUUAUGGAAGCCCAGGCUGCUUAGAUAGUGGCCUUCAGCUCGUCUGUGCUGUUGGGGCUGGUAUAUCUUAUUUUCCUUUUGACAAUACCCCAUAGAUUCUCUGUGGGGUUCAGGUCAGGUGAGUUGGCUGGCAAAUCAAGCACAGUAAUACCAUGGGCAACAAACCAGUUACAAGCAACUUGAAUUCUCUCCACUCUUCCUCCAGACUCUGGGCCCUUGAUUUCCAAAUGAAAUGCAAAAUUUAUUUUCAUUUGAAGAGAGGACUUUGGACCAAUGAGCAACGUUCCAGCUCAAUUUCUCCUUCGCCCAGGCAUUGGUUACAAAUAUCCAGGGUGGAAACAUCACAACCAGCAUAUUCCUCCAAUGCAAAUGCAAAAUACCGGGCAGUCGGGUCACCUUUUUUGGGUCUUUAAAGAGAGUACAACAGGUAUGGCGGUGUCGGUACGGGGGCUUUACUUCGUUGUAACCCUGUUUCUGGGAAGUUUCUUUGGCAGCAUCUUCAUGCUGGGCCCUGUGCUACCUCUAAUGCUACUGUCACCAGCCUGGUACCGCUGGAUCACAGACCGUAUCGUGGCCACCUGGCUUACCCUUCCAGUGGCCCUGCUGGAGUUGGUGUUUGGGGUGAAGGUGGUGAUCACGGGUGAUGGCUUUGUCCCUGGGGAGCGCAGUGUGAUUAUCAUGAACCACCGGACACGUCUGGACUGGAUGUUCCUGUGGUGCUGCCUGCUUAGGUACAGCUACCUGCGCCUGGAAAAGAUCUGCCUCAAGGCUGCCCUUAAAGCUGUGCCAGGCUUUGGCUGGGCCAUGCAAGUCGCCUGCUUCAUCUUCAUAAAGCGUCGGUGGGAGGAGGACCGCAGCCACAUGGAGAACAUGCUGGACUACUUCUGUGAUAUCAAAGAGCCCCUGCAGCUCCUCCUCUUCCCUGAGGGCACUGACCUCACUGAGUACACAAGAGCACGAAGCGACGAGUUUGCCGAAAAAAACGGUCUGCCUAAGUUUGAGUAUGUCCUACACCCACGCACCACCGGGUUCACCUUCAUCGUGGACACGCUUCGCAAAGGGGACAACUUAGAUGCUGUCCAUGACAUCACUGUGGCCUAUCCCAAGAAUAUCCCCCAGACGGAGCGGCACCUUAUCCUGGGGCAGUUCCCCCGGGAGAUUCACUUCCAUGUGCGCCGCUACGAAGCCUCUGACCUGCCCACCUCUCCUUCUGAACUUCAGGCCUGGACCCAAGAGCGCUGGGCAGAAAAGGAGGUCCGCCUAAGGGACUUCUAUGCUUCUGAGCCCAGGGGCUUUGACAGGGAGGGCGUGUGCCGCGUGCCCCCCUGUAAGACAGAGCUCCGCGUGGCUCUGAUCAAGGCAGCGUCUCUGUUUUACUGGAGCUUUUUCAUAGCUUUGUCCUUUGCAGGCCUCUGGCUCUGGGCUCCUCUCCGCCUGUACUUUCUGGGGAUGAUGGGCAUCUACUUUGGCCAGCAGAAGCUGAUAGGAGGACUGGAGCUACUGGAGCUGGCGUGUCAUCGCUACUGGAUGUCUGUGACUGGGGAUGGGAAGAAAAAGGUAGUGGAUGGAAAAGGGAAGAAGGAGUGAAGAGAAGCCAGGGGUGGCUUACUUCAGUGGGGCUGCUGAGGCCUGAGUGGACAGUUGGGCUUGGGACACAUGCUGGAGUGUCCUAAUCGGGUGGUCUCCCUCAUUAACAGGGAUGAAAGAAUGAAUCGGCAGGCAGCGUGCAUGGCUUCUAUAGGGUGAAGUACCCUCAUGGCUGAGGUUGCAAAAAAAAAAAAAACAGGAAAUAAUUCAUGUUUUUCUUCUUGCUGGCCUGAAUACAUGCUGCAUUGUGUUGGCUCUUUGCCACCAUAUGCUGUAAAGCAGGUCUUGUGCCAUUUGUCUUUCUCUUGCUGUCAUUUAAGGAUAAUAUCCUAGUUCAACGCUAUGUUUUUAUUUCUUAUCAUAAAAACACUGUCCAUACAUGUUUGUGUUAAUAGUAGAUUUGUUUUAUAAUUGUUUUAUAGUUUUGUAUGUUUUCCUUUAUUUGUUUCUGUUAUUUGAUGGAGCAGAGCCAUAGUUCACAGAUGUUUAAUGUAACAGUUUUAGACAAUAUUUUAACUAUUUUUGUUUAGCUAAUGUAGAUCAUCUGUUAAUCACUGUUUUUGCAAGCAAUCAAAACUGAAUAGUGUAAGUGGAUGCAGUCUGUCCGAGUCUGUCAUGAAUAGUGUAGAAUUGUUUACUGGUGUUGGAUCAGAACACAAAUACAUUAAGGCAUUGUUGCUGUGGUGGCACUUGUGGGCUGCAGCAACACAAUCACGUGCUCUUAAUGGAAUAUGUAAUGGUUCAUUAUACAUAUCAGAAACUCAGCAACUGCAAAAGCGGCUUGUUUUCUGGUCUGUUUUUUUAAGCAACUGAAAUGUCAAUUGGGCUGUUGAAGAAUGUAAUUUGGACAACGACACAGCAUCCGGGGAGUGGAGGACAGUGCGCCAAACUUGGAUUGGCGCACUGUUGUAAUCCAAAAAAAAGUUGUUGUAAUCCAAAAAAAAGCUAAUGCCAACCUCUCUGUCCACCUUAGGAAGUGGCAUCAAUCUGCUCAGGCCACUAAACUCAAUUAGUAAAAUUACAUUUGAGAAAGCUCUACUGAUCUAAAACAAAACUUUGAAAAAAAAGAAAUGUAUGAAAACGGGAAUCAGAUUGGACAGGGCUCUGUCCAUUACGUCCACUACCACUUUGUCCACUGCUCUCAAUGCCAGCUCCAGCAUUGCCAUAUCAUUUUACGAAUGGCACUGUGCACUGUUUGAUCUACCAACCACCUCAAUGCUGCAGGAUAAAAUAUAAUUUUGUAAGGAAAAAUUGUUGUAUGUACCGAGUCAGUGAUGGCUGUCUGUUUUUGUUUCGUGAAAUAUGUGGCCCUGUUGUACAAGUGGAGGGGCUGUUUCCAGUGAUCUGUUCACUGUGAUCUCUGUUUUGAGAAUUCUUACUGAUGUACCAAAUUACUACUUCUCUCUUUGUUAGUGGAAUCACUGAACCAGCUAGACUUUCCAUAUUUGUCAUGUCUCCGCCUCUUACCUGGUCUUUUUUGUUUCCCUUUCUGUAUCAAAACUCUUUGUUGGUGUUUCUCUCGGGUCUGUUUUAGUCCGUAACAGAAUCCAAUGCUGAUGCUGGACCCCUAUAUGAUCACUGUGCUCAGGUAAAUCUUUACUGGCCACUGUUAUCACUUAUCACGCUGUUCAAUAAAUUGAACAUUUCAACUCA